AACCCAACCUGAUCCACUAUCCAGUUUGUUCAUGCUCGUUGUUGCUGAACUCAGUUCCGCAAAGCUUUUGUUUUGUUCUCUCUUUUAUCUCGCAAGCCAUGGCGGAUGCACAAACCCUACCCACUGAAGUCAAUGGCGUUUUGCUAUUCUCAUAUGGCACCCUGAAACAAGAUUUCGCUAACUACAACCUUAUUCAAAACCUAAUCCGCAGCAAUGACGCUUCUUACCUGGGCACCUAUAUCACCCACCAUACGUAUCCUCUCGUCAUCGGUCCCCACGGCAUCCCUUACUUGAUCAAUCUCCCAAGCACUAGCGGAGGUCACCGUGUCAAGGGCGAGCUUUACUCCCUGUCGAGCAAGGGAUUCGCUCUUCUCGACGAAUUCGAAGGGGUGCGUAUCGGCCACUACGAGAGGCUCCCAGUUCAGGUGACACGAUUGGAUAGCGAAGGAAAUGAAAACGAUGCUGUUUCAGUUGAGGCAGAGGCGUAUUAUGCGCAUAGAAGUUUUGGGGAGAAAAUGUGGGAGAAAAGAGGGAGAAUUGGGUUGGUCGAGUAUAGCGAUACAAAUGGCAAAGAGUAUGUGAGAAAAGAAAAUAGGCCUGCUGGUACCAGUACUCUCCAUGAUAUAGCAUUAUUUUUGUCUACUUGAAAUCUGUUGUUUCUUCUUCAUGGGAUUUUCUUAAUUUUGCAAUUACUGAAGUUAAUCUUUUUUUUUUCUUUUCAAAAGAAAUGCCAUGGAUGUUUAUGCAUAUUUACUCUGGAUCAGUUGUGGAAUAAAAUGUCUCAAUUUCUUGGUUUCA